CGGGAACCUGAAUACGCCGCAGUUUCUGAUCGACUGAUGCCCUGUGUGAACGGGAUUAUGUUCAUAUCAAAGUUGUUGAUUGCGGCACCGUGUUUAAAAAAGAUGUGUGGACAUUUGUGACUGUUUAAUGUGUUUUUGUGAACCUAUUUUUUCCUGAGAACUGCAGCAAAAUCGGAGCCAACAAUUCGGUAGUGAUUAACCUUUCCAAUCUGCAAAAUAGAUUUUCAUUGUGUAUACGCUAUCGGCACUUCAACAUAUUCAGGAAAAACAACUAAAUAAUAAUAGGAGAAUCAGGGCUUGAAUAGAACGGCUUCCAGAUUAAAAUCUAUGAAGCUUUAUCCUCAAAUCACAACCAACUAGGAUAACUACUUCAAUAGAAGCACUCUUGAAAAAAUGACGAAAUUAGAGUGACAUGUGACCACUAAUCUUGUGCACACCCAAAACAAAACCACCCAUGGUGUAAAAUGGUGGUGGUUCAAGAACGGUCGCUUGUAAUGGCCCAUACGCCGUUAAAGUCUUUCACGAUCAGUUCCAUACUGACGAAUACAAAUAGUAGAAUUGAAGAACCUGAAGAAGAAUGCGAGAAGAAGGAAGAAACGUCUGCGACUGAGGUGAGCGACUGUGAAUCGGAGGACUUGGAUGUCACUGGUACUACCACGCCACCAUUGGAUUGUUCCAAUAAAGGAGAUGACGGAGAGGACGUUGCAAAAGACGGCAAAGAAAAGAAGCCUAACGAGAAGCCCCCAUAUAGCUACAACGCCCUCAUAAUGAUGGCUAUCCGGAACAGCCCCGAAAAGCGGCUCACCUUGAAUGGCAUCUACGAGUACAUCAUGAAAAACUUCCCUUAUUACAAGGACAACAAACAAGGUUGGCAGAACUCCAUCAGGCACAACCUCAGCCUGAACAAGUGCUUUGUGAAAGUGCCUAGACAUUACGAUGAUCCGGGCAAAGGUAACUACUGGAUGCUAGAUCCUUCUGCAGAAGACGUAUUUAUUGGUGGCACCACAGGCAAGCUCAGGAGGAGAUCCACAGCAGCUACCAGGUCCAGGUUGGCAGCUUUUAAAAGAACGUUGUCCAUGUACAAUCCUUUGCAGCCCUAUUCUCCUUUCUACCCUCCCUCCCCCGCGCUUCUAGCAGCGGCUUACUCCCGCUACAACCCUUACAUUCACGCCCCCGCAGGUUCUAUAAUCCCUCGACCAUUGCCUCUACAACCCCAACCAAAUCAUCACCCAAUGGACUUGUCAUCUUCUUCGUUAUUCCGACCUCCUCAUCCAUUGUUGGAGAUGUACAGCAAUUUGAGGUUAGGUGUGCCUCUGCAGUAUCCUCUUCAAAUGCCUGUGCCCGGAUUGAGUGUUCCACAAGGACAUAAUUUACCUUCUGCUAGUGCAACGAGUAGUCGGACUAUGGAGGAAGGGCUACUGAAGCCAGUGACUGUUAUAACUAGGAAUAGUUAAUGAACAAAUAUAGAUGUGAGGCUGGAUUAUGAGUACCGUUUUAUAAAACAAUGGGAGAAUUGGUUACAAUGUUCGAAAUGAUCAUUUUUGGUUAGCAAUUUCCAUCUGAAAAUUGCUAACCAAAAAGAGAUUUAGAUGUUAACUUUCCAUCUAAUUUCAUACCUGAUGAUGCUUUUUGCUUUCAAUUCUUGAUUGAAUUUGACCGUACUUUCUGCUCUUAUGUAUUGGCUUUGGUUAUUUUACUUACUGAAUUGCAAAACUUUUGAUACAUCUAAAGAGUACGUAGUUAUUUAUAGGUGCUGAAUGGUUGGUACGAAGAGCCCAUUUAUGCAGGCGAUUUGUAUACAGCGGCAACGUCGUACGAAAAGUUUUUCAUUCCUUAUGGCGCGAUUUCUUGACUAUUUCCCGCGAUUUUGGUUAGUAACGCUAACAAAAGAUUUCAGACUAAUAGAUGUCAAACUGAUAGUCGCGCGACAUGUUAUGGUAAUUGCGCGGUCAGAAAUGCCUCCUUGAUUUUCAUAGUCUUUUCUGCAGAAAUGCUUUCCAUAUUUAUACUGUUCCGAGUCAGCGUCUGUGAGGCUAUGCUUUGUUUUUGAAUUGCUGGAAAUUUCAGGCUAAUAUACUUAACAUGAUAUGAAUCAAAAGUACGAACAAUUUGAUGCAAAUAGAUAUUUGUAACAUAACCUCAAAGUAGAGCGCUGACACAGAACAAUUGAAAACUAUGAAAAUCAAUGAGGCCAUAAAGGCGUCCUGCAAAUGUAGGAACGAAUGACGAUACGACCUUAAGUCGCACGUCUUUGUAGUAAAACAAUCGCGUGCAUAAAUGUGUUCUACUUGUAUAGGUUUUGUUCCACGCCGAGAUAGCGACGGAAGACAGUGACCAAGCCUUAGACCGAUUAGUGAGACUAGUGCACAGAUAAUUAGAUACACUGGUUAGACUGGUAGCAUAGCAUCGAUACAGGAAAUCGGCCCCUGUCACUGUAAGACUCAAAUUCAAAUGUAGAAUGUAUGAAAAAGCAAUGAGUGGCUUAAU